CCGAACUUAUUCACCCUUUGAACUAUAAGUCGCAGCCAAACAUCAAGGUUUAAAACAAACAUCAUCUGCCCGACGUAAAGAGGUUCAUGAGACCAGAAUCACCAAACCGUAGUUUCAACCACAGCUCUUUAAUCGUUCCCUUCACCUUUGCCGAGCCCCGGGAUUAGUCCGUAUCGAAGCCACGACCCUUCCCGUUUCCACCAUCCGCUAGUGCCAUAAUCAUCUUUGGUUCCCGAAAACCAAGAUCGAUCCCCACGAUACGCCAGGUCGGGUUAGGUCACGAUGAGGACGGAGCCGGACCCCUCAGUCGGCCUCGCAACAACUGAAACCGGUCCUCCGAGACUUGAGAAUACGCAGUGGAACGAUUCGCCUGGCCGUCCCGAGUCUGUUGCGCCGUCACUCAAACAACAGAAUGAAGAAUGCACCAGCAACGACACCCCAGUUAAUACCGCCCCCGAGAAACAUGCGGCCGACGCGGCCGAGACCGAGUAUCCCAGCGGCUUCAAGCUUAUUUCCAUCAUCCUUGCACUUAUUAUGGGCAUCUUCCUUGCUUCUCUGGACAUGACUAUCGUUGCCACCGCCAUCCCGAAGAUCACCGAUGAGUUCCAGGGGCUGGACAAGGUGUCGUGGUACAGCGCCGCCUUUUUCAUGACGAACGGGGGCUUCCAGUCUUUGUGGGGUAAAGCCUACCGUUACUUCCCCUUGAAGUUCACCUUCUUGAUGGCCAUUGCUGUCUUCGAACUCGGAAGCCUUGUUUGCGCGCUUGCCCCGAACUCUACCGCCUUCAUUGUUGGCCGCGCCAUCAACGGCCUGGGCGCUGCAGGUAUCGGCACCGGCGCUUACACCAUAAUCGCCUUUGUCGCCGAGCCCAGAAAGCGAGCUACCUACACUGGCUUCGUCGGGAUGUCGUUCGGCGUUGCCUGUGUUGUGGGGCCGCUCAUUGGCGGUGUCUUCGCUGACAAGGUGACUUGGCGCUGGUGCUUCUGGAUCAACCUUCCUGUCGGCGGCCUGUCCGCCCUUAUCAUCCUCUUCUUUUUCCAAGCGCCCAGUGCCGCGAAGCCGGUUGCUGCUCCGUGGAGGGAGAAGUUGCUGCAGAUGGAUCCGAUCGGCGUAGCCCUCGUCAUGGGUGCCAUCGUCGCUUUUAUGCUGGCUUUGCAGUAUGGUGGCCAAACUGCGCCGUGGAAUAGCAGCGUCGUCAUCGGCCUCCUGGUUGGCUUCGUCCUGAUAACGGCGGCCUUCAUCGUCUGGGAACACUUCCAGGGCGAGCGGGCUAUCAUCGUUCCUCGACUGUUCAAACAACGAGCGAUCUGUAUCAGCUGCCUCUUCGCCUGUAUGUUCGUCGGGUCCUACUACCUGAUCAUCUACUACAUCCCCAUAUACUUCCAGAGCGUUAGCAACGCCACCCCCACCAUGUCCGGUGUCUACAACCUUCCCCUCAUCAUCGCCACCACGAUUUCCAUGAUUACAUCUGGCAUGCUCAUCAGUGCCACGGGCCUUGCCGUUCCGAUUCAAGUCGGAGGUGCCGUUGUUGGUGUCAUUGCAGCAGGUCUCCUAUAUACACUGGACAUCGAUACCAGUGUUGGCAAAUGGAUAGGAUACCAGCUCCUUGGUGGUGUUGGCUGGGGCCUCGCAUUCCAGGUACCCAUCAUUGUUGGGCAAGCCAACGCGGAUCCUCAAGAUAUCUCGUCUGUGACCGCAAUGGUUCUUUUCUUCCAAUGUAUCGGUGGUACUGCCUUUGUGACAGCUGCCCAGGCUGCGUUUGUCAAUCGGAUUAUCCAGACGCUGCCUGAUUCUGCCCCCGACGUCGACCCAGCCGAUGUGGUCGCAACAGGAGCGACCCUAAUCCGCACAGCUUUCCCCGUUGAUCAGGUCCCCGGUAUCAUCGUUGCAUAUAUGGCUGGUAUCAAGGUCGCACUCGGGAUUUCCAUUGGGGGUGCUGGCCUAGGUCUCGUUAUCUGCCUGGGCAGUCGGUGGAAGAGGCUCAAUUCGGAUGCGGUAAAAGAUGCCGUCGUGGCCGCGUAACGACGGAUCCAGAUAGAUGGU